GGGCUGCGCUUCCGCCCGCUCGCGCUGCGGCCGGGACUCGGCAGUGGGUGGGCUGGCGAUGGAGCGGUGGUUUCGCUCUCAGCUUCGGUUGUGGCUGCUGUUGCUACUCCUGCCCCCGGGCCGCCAGAAGGAGUCAGGUUCAAAAUGGAAAGUAUUUAUUGACCAAAUUAACAGGGCUUUGGAGAUUUAUGAACCAUGUUCAAGUCAAAACUGCAGCUGCUACCAUGGUGUCAUAGAAGAGGAUCUGACCCCUUUCCGAGGAGGUAUCUCCAGGAAGAUGAUGGCGGAGGUAGUCAGACGGAAGCUAGGGACCCACUAUCAGGUCAUUAACAACAGAUUAUACCGAGAAAAUGACUGCAUGUUCCCCUCAAGGUGCAGUGGUGUUGAACACUUUAUUUUGGAAGUUAUUGGGCGCCUCCCUGACAUGGAGAUGGUGAUCAAUGUACGAGAUUAUCCUCAGGUUCCUAAAUGGAUGGAGCCUGCCAUUCCAGUCUUCUCCUUCAGUAAGACAUCAGAGUACCAUGAUAUCAUGUAUCCUGCUUGGACAUUUUGGGAAGGAGGACCCGCUGUUUGGCCAAUAUAUCCUACUGGUCUUGGACGGUGGGACCUCUUCAGAGAAGACCUGGUAAAGUCAGCAGCACAGUGGCCAUGGAAAAAGAAAAAUUCCACAGCAUAUUUCCGAGGAUCAAGGACAAGUCCAGAACGAGAUCCUCUCAUUCUUCUAUCUCGGAAAAGUCCAAAACUUGUUGAUGCAGAAUACACCAAAAACCAGGCCUGGAAAUCUAUGAAAGAUACCUUGGGAAAGCCAGCUGCUAAGGAUGUCCAUCUUGUGGAUCACUGCAAAUACAAGUAUCUGUUUAAUUUUCGGGGUGUAGCUGCAAGUUUCCGGUUAAAACACCUCUUUCUUUGUGGUUCACUUGUUUUCCAUGUCGGUGACGAGUGGCUGGAAUUCUUCUAUCCACAGCUGAAGCCGUGGGUUCACUAUAUCCCAGUCAAAACAGAUCUCUCCGACGUUCAGGAGCUGUUGCAGUUUGUAAAAGCAAAUGAUGAUGUAGCUCAAGAAAUUGCUGAAAGGGGAAGCCAGUUUAUUCUGAACCACUUGCAGAUGGAUGACAUCACCUGUUACUGGGAGAACCUGUUGACUGAAUACUCUAAAUUCCUGUCCUAUAAUGUAACAAGAAGGAAAGGCUAUGAUCAGAUUAUUCCCAAAAUUUUGAAAACUGAACUCUAGUAGUCAUCAUCGAGCCAUAGUCCUCUCUAUGGCAGCAGAUCUCAGACAUCCUGUGGUGAGAAGCUCACUGUGAGUGUGACACCUAUACCUUGGAUACUAUUACCAAGCCAAAUAUCUGGUUUUCCUUAUCAUGCUGCACCAAGAGCAACUUUCGAGAAAGAUCCAAAAUGUGUUUAAUAUAGAUAUGAAGCAGCUCAACGCUUUGGCUGAAUUAGGACCAGAAAUCAUGAGAUGUGGGUUUUGAACCCGAUUCCGCCUUUCAUUUUCUUAGGACCAAUCACAGCUUGUGCCUCAGAUCAUCCACAUGUGUAUGUCCCUCACUUUGGAACCGACUGUGCCCACGUGGUAAUGCCCUUUGUCUCAUUGUUUGGAGUAGAAAGUCAAUCAUUUGGAACUAGUACAACCCAUCACCACAGCUCUGCA